AUGGCACCGCGACCCUCUGGGAUCCUUCAGGCUCCUCGGGUGGUUCUUGUCGUGGUGUUUCCAAUGCUCAACUUUAUUCUCUACCUAAUCCUCUCCCUUGGCUGCAGCAGCACCUCCCUCAGCGACAUCUCCCCAGUUAUAGCCCGCACCAACAGUCCAAUAAACAUCGGCGGGCAAGACACUGUCGUCGACCUACGAGUUGGCUUCUAUGGUACCCCAUCCCCCAUCCUAUUCGUCCCAUCAACUAUGAUGCUCACCUCCGUCAUAGGAAUAUGCCUCGGCCCAGCCCCCCUCUUCUGCACCUCCUCCUCCAGCAUCCUCAACCCCAAGCGCGAAUCCGACCUCGCUCGCUCCAUCCCGCUGUCCAAAGGCGGCGGAAAUUUCGCCCUCGCCGGCCUAGCCCUCAGCCUCCAGUCCAGUUUCAUCGUUUUGUCUGGCUUCCCACUUCUACUCUCUUUCAUCGCCUCGAUACUGGCCAACAUGAUCCAGAUAUACUUCUCGCAGGGCAUGAUCGAACUCCACGCCAAAGCGGCCUUGUGGGCGAGGAGUCUCGACUGGGCGGCUGCUGCGGGGGCAGUGAUGGGGUUCAGUGCCUAUCAGAGCAUUGUUGCUGCUGCGCCGAGGUUGAUAAGAGUGUUGAUGUCGGGGGCGAUGGUAGACAUUAGCGUGGGAGGGACGGCAAGUAGUUUGUUUGCUGGGGUUGUUGCUCUGACGAUUCUUGGGGCGGUGAUUAACACAUUGUUGACUGGGGGGGAUGUAGGGUUUGAUGCUUUUGUUGCUGGGAAGACCAUGGGGAAGCAAAAGACAAGGGCGGGAGGGCAGGUGGGUGAUAGGGGGAGGAUGUCGAGGAUGUUUGUGAGGAGGCCGGCGUAUGAGGUGUUUCCUUGA